GUGUUGGCUAUUGUCUUGUGGAUGUCACAUAAAAUGUGGACAAGAUUAUUUUUUGUGGUUACUUUAUUAGUAUUUCUAGUAAACUCUUAUCAAGUAUCAUGUGAGACUGCAGAUACAGUUGUGGUUGAGUCAAUUCCACCGGAAGUAAAUACAGAAGCGGAACUGCUAAUCGAUGAAAAUCUUCUUGGUGAUGAAAAUGAACCAAGAAGUUAUCGUGGUGCUCAACUAUGGAGAUUAUCAUAUAAAGACCAGCAGUUUAAAAGUGCAGUCUCAGAACUACAAAAGACUUACAAGACAUCAAUAUGGAAUAUCCAAAUGGCAAAUUCUUCUAAUUCUUAUGUUGAUUUAUUCGUCAAACCGGCUGUCGUUGAUGAUGCGAAAGAAUUUUUAAGGAAAGUUCAAGUACCGUUUAAUGUGAUUAUGGAUGACGUUCAAGACGCAAUUGACAAUGAAAAUCCACCGCUUGAAGAAACUGAUUUAUGGCAAAAUCGAGACGGACAUCCAAUGACAUGGACAGCUUAUCAUAAUCUCGAAGAUAUUCUCCAAUAUAUGGAUUUUUUAGCUAAAUCAUAUCCUAAUUUAUGCAGCGUAAAGACAAUUGGAAGGUCCCUUGAGAAUCGUCCAAUUAAAGUUUUAAGAAUAUCAAAUGGAGAUCCAUCAAACAAAGCCGUUUGGAUUGAUGCAGGCAUUCAUGCCCGUGAAUGGAUUUCACCAGCUGCAGUUACAUAUGUCAUUGAUCAUUUGGUCGCUAAUUGGGAUUCUGAAACUCUCGAUGUUAAAGCAAUUGAUUGGUACAUUUUGCCUGUUAUGAAUCCCGAUGGUUAUGCAUAUACACAUAAAGGCGAUAGAUUGUGGAGGAAGAAUAGACGACGUCACAUAAAUCGCCUUUGUAAUGGUGUGGAUUUGAACAGAAAUUAUGGCCACAAAUGGGGCGGUCAAGGAGCCUCACGACAACCUUGUUCGGAAACUUUUGCUGGCUCUUCAGCAUUUUCCGAGCCUGAGACAAAAUCCGUUAAUGAUUUCUUAAAGAAAUCAGGUGCCAACUUCAAAGCUUCACUGUCAUUCCACAGUUAUGGACAAUAUAUCCUAUAUCCCUGGGGAUAUGAUAGAAAAGUUCCAGCUGAUCAUCAAGACUUAGAUAGAGUAGCUAGAGAAGCAGCAGCAGCAAUUAAGAAUGUAGAAGGUAAAGUUUACACUGUUGGACCAGCUGGAAGCACUCUAUAUCCAGCAGCUGGCGGAAGUGAUGAUUGGGCAAAGGGAGAUUUAAAACUAAAGUACUCUUACACAAUUGAGCUACGUGACGAAGGACGUUAUGGAUUUAUGCUUCCCGCAAAUCAGAUUAUUGCAUCAGGCGAGGAAUCACUAGCAUUUGCUCGUGUUUUAGCCAGAAAUCUCGUAAACGCAUAAGAUUAAUAGUUUAAGACAUUUUUGUACUUACAUCAUGAAGUGUUAUUGAAUAAUCAUAUUGAUCCAAAAUGUUGUUUUUGAUUUCUAAAGGAGUGCUUUCACAGGAAAUUGAAAUUGGCAUUUUGAUUGAUGGCAUAUCCAUAAUAAGUGGUUGAUUAAUUAAUGAUUCAGCCUCUUUCAGAAUGUCCUCAAUUGUUCGAUUAUCAUUCUCAAAUGCAAAUUUAUUAUCACUUAAGGACGUAAGUUGUCGCGAAAUCUCAUCAAAAAUCGAAUCGACAUCGUCAUUUUCACAAUUUUCUUCGUUCUUGAGGAAAUCGCUUAACGAUGUGUUGGAUAUAAUCUCCAACAUCUCUAUUGGAGUGUCUUUAUUCACUUUUAUAUCAUCCAUUCCAAUUAGUGACACCUUUUUCGAGAAACAUGAAAAAUAACAACAGAAAAAUAGAACGAGUAA